AUGGCCCUACCGCUCCCCGCGGCGCAUCCCGCCCCGCACGGCCCGCCGCCCCGCCGCGCCGCGCAUGCGCCGGCCACGCCCCCACCCGCGGGGGGGCGCGGCCGGCGCAUGCGCGGCGCGGCGGCGGGUAAAGCGCGGAGGCUGGAUUUGAGAGGAGCGGAGCGGGGCGGGAUCAAAGGGCGGAGAGCGGAACGCGGAGCGGAGUGUGUGGGCUGGGCGGGGGGGACGCGCGGGGACACGGGGAUACGGGGUGCCAUUCUGGAACGCGUCCCAGCGCCGCGGUGGCAGCGCCUCGGUGACAGCACCCGGCGGCUCAGGGAUGUGGCCAUGCUGCGGCUGCUGGUGGCCAGUGCCCACAUCCCCGGGGCCACCGGCUCCGGUCCCGGUGUGCACGUGUCUGCCCGCUUCAGAGGUACCGCUGGGUACAAGGAAGGGGGGGGACACACACACCGCGGUGGCCGUCCCCGUGGGACGGGAUGGCGUCGGCCAUCGCCACGCGAUGGGAUGGCAUCGGCCAUCCUGGUGUACCGGGGCGGCAUCCUCGUGGGACGGGAUGGUGCCGGCCACGCUUGGGGACAGCGCUGGCCGUCCCCACGCGUGGGGACAGUGCCAGCCUUCCCCUUGCACCCCGACGUCCCCACCCUGACGUGCCACCGCCAUCCCUCCCGUCCCCCCCCCCCCCCAGGCGUCCCCAGGAGCACCCGGGUGGUGCCGGAGGAGCGCAGCCCCACUUGGAAUGAGACGCUGGCAUGGCCACUGGGCACGCGUCCCCUGCACCCCACGGCCAGCCUGACCCUGCGCCUCCGGCACUGGGGCCAGCCGGCACCCCGGGGGGACCUGGGUGCCACCACAGUGUCACUGGACCGGUUGGUGGCCAACCCCGGGCUGCCACUGGCCCUCAGCCACGUCCCGCUGCUGGACCCGCGGGGACAGCCCACGGGGUGCACCGUCACCCUCCGCUGCUCCUACGUCCCCCGUGGCACGGCCGGGGACGCCGCGGUCCCCCUGCAAGGACCGGUGCCACCGCCGGCGGUGUCACCGGCGACAGCCCCCCGCCCCGGCAAGCCCCCGGCAGGGAGGAAAGAGGAUUUCCAGGUACGGGUGAGGAUCAUCGAAGGCCACCAGCUCCAGGGCAAUGACAUCAAGCCGGUGGUGACGGUCCUCAUCGGCCAGCACCGCUUCAGGACCAGGAUCCGAGUGGGGAACAAUCCCUACUACAACGAGGUGUUUUGCCAAAAUUUCCACCGGACGCCCGCCCAGCUGGCGGCGGAACCCAUCCGCAUCCAGGUGCUGGACUCACGGGCCACCCGCGCCGAAGCCGUCAUCGGCGUCUUCCAGCUGGACGUCGGCACCGUCUACCGCGCACCGGGACGCAGCUUGAGCUGGAAGUGGCUGAGCCUGCAGCAUCCGAAUCGCCCCGACGCCGGGUCCCGGGGGUACCUCCGCGUCAGCCUGGCCGUCCUUCGCGCCGGCGAGCCGGUGCCGGAGCAGGAGGAGCCGGCGCGGGACGAGGACGUAGAGGCCAACCUGCUGCGGCCACCGCCGUGUGCCGCCACGCUCCAGCUCCGCGUCUACCGCGCCGAGGACCUGCCGCAGGCAGAACCGGCUCGGCAAUGCCUUCCCUCGGUGCUACCGGCUGGUGGCAAGAUGGGCUUCGUGGCGGCGGCGGUGCGGGUCACCUUCGCCGGCAGGACGCUCUGCACCCGGGUGAUGCCCCCCGAUGCCAACCCAACGUGGAACGAGGUCUUCUUCUUCCCUCUGCGGCUGCCCCCCAUCUGUGAUGAGAUCCAGCUGGCCAUCCUCAGCGGGUCCCGCAGCAGCAAAGUCCUGGGCACCGCCACCCUCCGCCUCUCCCAAAUCUCCUCCGCCGGUGCUGAGCUCGAGGAGGGGACCCCCGGCUUCUCACCCUGCUUCGGACCCAGCUUUCUCCCCUUCUACGGUCCCCGGCCAGAUUCUGCCAGGACACCCAGUACCGACGCCGGGGUGGCUUAUCGGGGUCGGGUGCUGCUGGAGCUCAGCACCCACAUGGGGACCCCGGAUGGGCGCCAGCGAGACACCAUCGCCCCCGAGGACAUCGCCCGGGUGCAGCGCCACUUGCCCCGCCGCCGAUUCGGGUUGUGCGGGGUCUUUUAUUCGGCCACCAUGGUGCCAGCCGGCCCCGAGCUCCUGCGCUUUGAGCUCAGUUUCGGCAAUUACGGGGACACGGGCGACGUCACCUGCAAGCCGGCCGCUUCCGUCACCCCACACGGUUGUCCCCUCUUCGAUGGCCACCGCUAUCACUACCUGCCGUGGUACGGUGACAAGCCGGUGGCGGCUGUCACCUCAUCCUGGGAGGACGCCGGUCACCGUUGGGAUACCCUAAACCUCCUGCGUGCCGUGUGCCGGCGGUUGGAGAGGAACGUGACGGAGCUGCGGGACGCCCGGGGGGACGCCGGGGGGGACAUCGGCAGGAGGCUGCUGCGUCAGCUGGCGCAGGACUGCAGGCGGGCACUGCCCCAGCUGGAGGCGCAGCCCACCCCCACGCCGCUGGACACCCACCUCCGGGCCGCCCGUCUUCACCUCCUCCGGCGCGUGGCUGCGGCGGCGGCGGUGCCACCGAGAGCCGGCUGGGACACGUUGCUGCCGGUGGCCGAGGGCUGGCUGCGGCGCGUGGUUGCCUUGGCUGUCGAGCCGCAGGCCGGCGUGCCCGACGUGCUGCUGUGGCUGCUGCAGGGGGAGCGGCGGGUGGCCUGUGCCCGCGUCCCCGCGACCGACCUCAUGUUCUCCCGGAGUGGCCCCGGCACCUGCGGCAGGCUCUGCGGCCGCAUCCAGACCCUCUUCCUGGUGGGCUCUGGGGACAUCCGUGCCCAGCUCCGGCUCCGUCUGUGGCUGGGACGGGUGGCCGACAGCGGGGACCUGCCACGGCACCUCGAGGGCACCCCGCGCGUCUACGCCGAGACGUAUGAAAACCAGACCAAGCUGUUGGGCAAGUGGGGUUCCCGGGGAUUGCUGGGGCGCCCCGGCUUCUCCGACAGCGCCGGCAAAGCGGGGCUCCCCCGCCACAAGAUCCGGCCCCCCAAGGGCUGGCGUUGGGACGGACCCUGGACCGUGGAGCCCCAGCGGCGGUUGCUGCUGGACACGGAGACCAACGUGGGCGAGGUGCUGGAGGAGGUCUACGAGAAUGAGAGCCGGCAGCCCGGCGGGGAGUGGGGACCCGCCGCCGCGGCCAGCACCGAUGCGAGCGGCGUGGCGGUGCCGCCUAAGGAGGAGGUGGCGUGUCCCCGAGGUUGGCACGUCACCGACGGCUGGCGGGUGGACGUGACGGGGGCCGUGGACGAGGCCGGUUGGGAGUACGGGGUGAGCGCGGCCCCCGGCAGCCCCCCACCGGCAUGGCACGCCGUCGAGAAGACGUACCACACGCACCGGCGUCGGCGCUGGCUGCGCACCCGCCGCAGGGACCCCGGCGCCCAGGGACGGGAGCAGGAUGUGGCCGCCUUCCUCCGGCUGGUCGGGGCGCACAGCCCCGAGGCGGCGGCGGGGGCCGAGGCCUGGGAGUACGGACCCCUCUGGGGCUGCCGCUUCCAUCUCCAGCCCCGGGCGGGCGACGUGUGCCGGCGGCGUUGCUGGCACCGGCGCAUGGUGCCCACGCAGCCCUCGCCCGUGGCACCCCUAUUCCUCCUGGAGGGCUCCCCGGGCACGGAGGACCCGGCCGAGGAGGACAAGCCGGCUGCGGCAGAGCGGCAGUCGCGGGGCUCGAUCCGGACCCCCCCGCAGCAGCCCGUGCCCCUCAUCCUCUGCGCCUUCCAGCGACCCAACUUCUUCCAGCUCCGCUGCUACAUCUUCCAGGCGCUGGAGCUGGCACCCCACGGCACCAAGGCCACCGCAGACCCCGUCGCCCACGUCUCCUUCGUGCACGUCAGCCAGAGCACCCGGGUGCUGCCCAGCACCCUGGACCCACUCUGGGACCAAACGCUGCUUUUUCACCGGGUGCUGCUGUACGGGGACCCCCGGGGUGUCCAGGAUGAGCCCCCCGCUGUGGUGGUGGAGGUCUUCGACCAGGACGGUGGGUACGGCACCUAUGGGUGGGGGGCACCCAGGGGUGGGGGGCAGCCCCCGUGCCCAAGCAAUGCCUCGCAGGGUGCCGGCGGUUUCCUGGGCAGGAGUGUGUGCACCCCAGAUGUUUGGCUGGACGUGGGACGCCGGCGGCCCCCCCGGCUUCGGCGUUACUCCCUGGGGGGGCCGGGGGGGCCGGCCGGGGAGCUGCUGGCCGCCUUUGAGCUGCUGCACGACGCCGAGGAUGGGUCCUUGGCACAGGUCAGCACCCCCCCGUGGAGGCAGGGGGUCUUCAGCGUCCCCCUGGGCAUCCGGCCCCUCCUGCGGCUGGUGGCACUGGAGGUGCUGGCAUGGGGGCUGCGGGGGCUGCGCAGCGGCGUGCAGGCACCCAGCCUGGAGGUGCAGUGUGGGGGCCGGACGCUGCGGACCCCCACCAUCACCGACCUCGCCGCAAACCCCAAUUUCCCCAUCAACGCCUUCCUGCUCACGCUGCACCUGCCGGCGGAGGAGGAAUACGUGCCCCCCAUCCGGCUGCGGGUGACGGACACGCGGGAUUUUGGGUACCGGCCCGAGGUGGGGCAGGCUUGCGUGCGGAGCCUGGGGCAGUACUGCUGCCAGCCCCACGGCGAGGGGCAGCCCCCCGGCCCUGGAACCCCCCCGCCUGGCUCCGCGGCUCCCUGGGGCAGGAUAGCUCAGAUACUGCCCAGGAUCACCACUGAGAAAGGCGCUGCAGACAAGGCUGCGGAGGAGGAGGACGAUGAAGAUGAAGAUGAGGAUGACUGGUGGAGCAAAUUCUAUGCGGCCACGGGGGACAAAGCGAAGAGCCAGCGGGGGACCAACAGGGACAGACUGAAGAUCUACAGCUGUGAGCUGGAGGCAGUGCCCGAAUUCGAGGGGCUGCAGGAUUUCUGCCAGACCUUCCCGCUCUACCAGCCGGGGGGUCACCCCGCGGCGGGGGAGGACCCCGCGCCUGUGGGCGAGUUCAAGGGGCUUUUCCGUAUCUACCCCCUGCCCGAGGACCCCGGGGUGCCCCCGCCACCGCGCCACUUCCAGGAGCUGCCCCCCAGCCAACCCCAAAAGUGCCUGGUGCGGGUCUACGUCAUCCGGGCCUUCGACCUGCCCCCCCGCGACAGGAACGGGCUGUGUGACCCCUAUGUCCGCGUCUCACUGGGGGCGAAGACGCUGGGCCAGCGGGACCAGUACGUGCCCAACACCCUGGAGCCCGUUUUUGGCAGGCUGUUCGAGGUGACGGGCACCAUCCCGCUGGAGAAGGACCUGCGGGUCUCGCUGCUGGACUAUGACCUGCUGCCACCCGACCAGGAGAUCGGCACCACCACCAUCGACCUGGAGAACCGCCUGCUCUCCCGCUUCCGUGCCCACUGCGGGCUGCCCACCCUCUAUCGCACCAGCGGCCCCGGGCGCUGGAGGGACCAGCUCCCCCCCAGCCGGGCACUGGAGCAUUUUGCCCGCACCCGAGGGCUGCCGGCACCCGAGUUCAACGCCGAUGGCACCACGGUCACCUUCGGGGAUCGCACCUUCCUCCUCAGCCACUUCGGUGGAGCGGCCCCCCCCGUGCGCCGGCAUCUCGGGGUGCCCCGCGAGCGCCUGGCCCUGCACGUACUCCGUGCCUGUCACCUCGUCCCCGAGCACCUCGAAACCCGCACCCUCUACAACAGCACCCAGCCCGGGCUGGAGCAGGGCAAGGUGCAGAUGUGGGUGGACAUCUUCCCCGCCAGCCUCGGGCCCCCCGGGCCCCCCGUCGACAUCACCCCCCGCAAGCCCCAGAGGUACGAGCUGCGCUGCGUGGUCUGGAACACGCGGGACGUGGACCUGGGGGACACCAACCUGGCAGGACAGCGGAUGAGCGAUAUCUACGUCACCGGGUGGCUGGACGGGCUGGAGGAGCAGCGGCAGAGGACGGACGUGCAUUACCGCUCGCUGCAGGGGGACGGGGCCUUCAACUGGCGUUUCGUCUUCUCCUUCGAGUAUUUGGCAGCCGAGCAGCUCUGCGUCCUGCCCAGGAAGGAGCAUUUCUGGAGCCUGGAUGAGACGGUGCUGAAGGUGCCCCCCAAGCUCAUCCUCCAAGUGUGGGACAACGAUAAGUUUUCGGCCGAUGAUUUUCUGGGCGUCCUGGAGCUGGAGCUCACCAGGCUGCCGCAGCCGGCCCAGCACCCCCAGAACUGCACCCCGAUGGGGAAGGGGACCCCCCAAAGCCCCUGGCCCUGGCGGGGGGUGCGGGCCCCCUCCCGGCUGUCCCUUUUCCGGCACAGACGGGUGAGGGGGUGGUGGCCCUGCACGGUGCAGGAGGGCAGCAAGCAGCGACUCUCGGGUAAGCUGGAGCUGAGCCUGGAGUUGCUGACGGCAAAGGAGGCAGAAGAGCGGCCGGCGGGGAAAGGCCGGGAGGAUCCCAACAUGUACCCAACGCUCCCGGCACCCGUGCGUCCCGAGUGGUCUUUCCUCUGGCUGCAGGCACCCCUGCGCACCCUGCGCUACAGCAUCUGGCAGCAACACCGCUGCCGGAUCAGCCUGGGGCUGGCGCUGCUGCUGCUCCUCGCCCUGCUCCUCACCUUCAUCUACGCCGCCCCGGGUUAUUUGGCCAUGAAGCUGGUUAACCCUCUCCAGAGCUUGCAGCUUGCCGGCGGUGAGCAUCCCACGGGCGGUGCGGGCAAGCCCUGACGUGCCAUCCCCGGGGAUCGCCGAGGGGAUGCCACCGGUCUGCAUCACCCCUUUAAUAAAGCCACAUCCAGUAACAGCCAAAGCAUCGACCCCAACUCCAUGGACUGGGGGGACUGACAAAGGAGCUACUCCAUUUUGGGGAGCCCCCCGGCACUGGGACAUGGCCCCCGACUCGCUACGGCACUCGACAGCAUUGGUUUGGGGAGGAAAAGUUGCAUCCAGGGGACUCGGCCGUGACCAGGAGCACAGCUGUGUCACACACACACACACACACCAAUGUUUAUUCCAAGACACCAGUUACAGCUCUAGGGAGAGGUGCAUGUUUCACUCCUGGUUAUCAGGCAAAAAGAGGCAAAAGACCAGAAAAACUCUCCUUUCAUGCCACAACCACCACUGGGCACUUGAAAAAAAACCUCCCACCUAACCUGGCAACAGCAUCCUGCCAAAAAAAAAGCCGGGCAUGUGUGUC